AAUUAUGACGUCACAGACUAUUUGAAUUACGAGUGUGACUUCUGAUCUACCCGUAAAAAUGUGAAGCCUACCCCCGUGAAAAGGCAAUGGCUACGGACACGGUUCUAAACACCACCAUCCAUACUCUCCAGGAUCUGCGACACCUUCCAGGGUACGCAGGCUUCAGGCCCCAGCAACAAUGGCGCUACGGGGACACAUUCGGUAACGAUACGGCGAAAUACUUCCAAGACAAACGUACUGCCCAACUCAAAAGGAGCACGGCACAGGCGCCUGGUACCGAGUGGGACGCGAAGAUCGCAUUUCCUACCGUCUACUCGAACGACCCUAAGCUUGUAGUCGGAGCACGCACUAGGGAGAGAGACCGCUGGCUCUCCAGACCGCAGUAUCAGCUGUUUAACCGCCAUGACAGGGACUGGGAGAUUCAUGACUUUGAUAAGAAAGCACAGGAGCACCGCAGGUACUUGAUGGAUCAAAGCGGUACUGUACCUAGAGUGGCUUACUUCGUGAUGCCGUGUAAAUGCGACGUCCUACCAAGUAUCAACAGGGAACUGAGCGAACAAGAGCGAGUGACAAUAUGUUGUCCCUUGUGCGGCAGAAAGGCCCCUCCGGGCACAAGGAACAUCAGGGCCCAUAUUCAAGGCCACCAUCUAAUCCCACCUAAACACAACCCUCCUAAGUCAACGUGGCGAGAUCGACGAUUUCGCGAUUUUUACUUCGAACAGCGCUAAGCCUCGGGGUUCACCCGCAUGCGGGCGAGCAAUUAUAGGUGAAUAGUUGGCAAAACAGUGAAAACAUGCUACGGUUAAUAUAAAGUUUAUAAUUUACUAUGGUGUCUGUUGGCUUAACCAGACCGAAUACUCGUAGCAACAUUGUUACACCCUCCAUACAUCGUCCUGACUUGACUCGAUAAAUAGAAUAAUCGUCCAUAA